AUGGCAGACGAGGAAGACUCCCUCGACCAAAACGAUAUCAAACAAAAUGAGUUCAGUGAGAAUGAAACUGGCAAUGACAAUGAGGAAGACAGUGGGGGGAUGGCUGACGAUGCAGUCGAUACAACAGCCGACUUCCUGAAGGUUUUUCAAGGAAAGACUGAGUUUGACAGUUGGGAAGAGUUCAGUACUUUAUUUGAGGAGUUUCAGAAGGAGACUGGUUCAGCCUUCAAGCCAAAGUCAGCAACUAGUAUUGAAUAUGCAAAUGAGCGCAGAGUGAAGGACAAAAUUGAAGACAGAUUUGUGUAUCAGACAGUGAAGAUGGUGUGCCAGCAUUAUGGGAACCCUGUUAAAAGGGAAAGCAGUACCAGGAAAAUUAAGAAGUAUGUGGGUCUUGGGUGCGAGGCAAUGGUACAUCUCCGGUACAAGCGGGGAAGCCUCAACAUAGUCAGCUGCAAUCUGGAGCAUAGGAAUCACAAAUUGUUCUCUGGCAGCGAGGUUAUUAGAAAUGUCCGAUCGUUCUCUUUCACGGAUGAUGUUGACUUUCUCAUGGCAAAGGUUGUGAUGGAGCAUAAUCCAUUUUCCACGUGGAAUUCUGAAAAAGAGUGGCUGGCCUUGGUUGAAGAUCUCCAGGGCCGAGACCCCCGGAUGAAAACAGUAACAAUACGAGUGGUCAAGAAAAGAAUUCGGUUUCUCAUCGACAGAUAUAUGGCCAACAGCAAUGGCAAGCCUCCACUGCCAGAUGAUGAAAUGGGAAUCAUUCUGUACGAACUAGCAAAAGCCAAACAAGACGCCAUGGACAACGUACCCAAACAACCUAUCAAAAAGAGAGGGCGGGGAAGGCCCAGGAAAAGAGAACGUGAAGAAACUGAUGAGGAGGAAGAAGACAUAGAGGAGCCACAUCUGGACUUUGAUGACUCGCCAAGUUUUUCUCCAGCAAAAUCAAGAAGCUGGCGACCCCCAUCACCGUCAUCUGGGAAAGACAUCUCGGCAUUUCUGAGAUACAUGGAACGGAAAGAUGAACAAGAUAGAAAUAUGCGACAGCAGGAGCUGGAUCUGCGAAGGGAAGAGCUGGAGCUGCACCGAAAGGAACUGGAGCUGCAGAAAGAGAGGGUUGAUUACGAGCGCUUAGAGAGGCAAGCUCACUUAGAUUUGCUGAAAAUGCAGCUUGAUGUCAUCGCUGCUCCAAAGACUCGACAGAUAAUUACAGACAAUAAAGUCAACAAUGGCGUUACUGAAUACACGAUCGUUGUCAAUGAUGACCAGGCUUUUACAGCACAGUGA